AACGGUCUCCUCCUUCACCAGACCCACACCCUCUCUCUCUCUCUCUCUCUCUCUCUCUCUCUCUCUCUCCUCUUCAAACCUCAAGCUCCUCCCCUCCUUCUAUUAAACCCUAGGAAUUUCCAGAUCUCUCUCUCUCUCUCUCUCUCUCGGAAAAAACAUCAAUGGCGACUCUUACCCCAGGAAUCCUUCUGAAGCUGCUCCAGUCCAUGAACUCCACCACCCGCGUCACCGGCGACCACCGCUCCCCACUCCUCCAAGUGAUCGGCAUCGUCCCGGCCCUCUCCUCCCCCUCCCUCUGGCCCACCCACGAUGGCUUCUACGUCCAGAUCUCCGACUCCCUCAACUCCACCUACGUCUCCCUCUCAGACCCCGACGCAGACCUCAUCCUCUCCAACCGCCUCCAGCUCGGCCAGUUUGUCCACCUCGACCGCCUCCUCAUCCUCCCCAGCUCCCCCGUCCCCCAGGCUUCCGGCCUCCGCCCCAUCCCAGGCCGCCAUGCCUUCGUCGGUCACCCCGAGCCGCUGGUCGCGAAGAUCUCGCCCUCGAGGCGCGACUUCGUGAUCCAGCCCGUGUCCGACUCCGACACGGAUCAAAUCGCGGCCUUGUUCGCGAGUAAGAAGAAGACUGAGGAAGCGAGGGUGAAGGUCGAUGAAGUGAAAAUCGAGGCGAAGGGUACGAGGUAUAACGCGAGGAGGGUUUUGGCGCCGAGGGAGAAUGAGGCGGUGGAGGAGAGAGAGGAAGCGGCUGCGGGGUUGAAGAAGGUUUCCGACAGGCCGCCGCAGCAGAGAUUUUCGUCGCCCGGCUCGGCUCGACAACGACCGCGGUCUGCGUCGGUGGGGAAAAAGACUCCAGCAGCGGCGGCUGCAGAGAGAGAUCCAUCGCCGGCGGCCGGGAAGCUGAAGCGCUCGUCAUCUCCGGUCCCGUCGAAGUGCGUGGUUCCGAGCCUCGUUUCAGCCAAGGAAGAGAACCGGAGAAUGUCCAGGGAGGCGGCGAUAGUGGUGCCAUCGAGGUACCGGCAGCCGUCGCCCACCACAGGAAGGAAGCAGGCAUCACCGAGCACGAGGAGGCUGUCGAUUUCACCGGGGCGAAGGUUGUCCAGCGGAAUUAAGGUUUUGCCAGCGGGGUUGGAUUCAGCUAGUAAAAAGAAGAUGGCAAGCAUAGCUGCCGGGAUUUCGAAGGUUUCGGAGGCAAUUGUGGGGUCGGGGAAGGGGAGUAGGAAGAAUUGGGAUGAGUUGCCGGUGGAGUCGGUUGCAUUUUCUGUGGAGGGGAAAGAGAAGGGUUCUGCCAAGAACAAGCCGGAUUUGCAAGCUCUUUUGCGAACUCAGGCUGCUAUUUCUAGGCGUCUAAGUGACGCGAGUAGCCAAAAGUCCAAUAAAGAAGAUUCUGAGAUCAGUGGAAAAACAACAAAAUCUAGCUUGAUGGAAGCAGCUGGUUUGGAACCUGAGAAGCCAACCAGCACAACUCCAGUAAUCACUGUUCACGAAAAGAAAUGGACUGAUGGCAGUAUUCCGCUGGAUGCAGUCUCUACGAGCCUUGCGAAGCUCGGGAAGGAAGCUAUACAGAGGAGGGCUAUUGCUUCUACAGCUGCAGCUGAAGCGCUGGAAGAGGCCAUUGCCACUGAGUCUAUCGUGCGGAGCUUAAGCAUAUUUUCGGAUCUUUGUUCCACAUCAAAGGCAGGGAAUCCUUUACCCACUAUCGACCUCUUCAUGUCAAUAUACGACAAAGUCAUGAAAUCUACUGCAACAGCUGAAUCAAUUGUAACUAACCGCUGUACCAUCACUCCUAAUGACAAUAUCCCAACACAGUCAUCCAAAUCCAUUUCUUGGGUAGAAGCCGCUCUGGCCACAGAUCUUGAAAUCGUCUCUCUCGUAACCGACCACAAAAUUGAUUCCCCGCCGAAACCACAUAAAACUUCAUCAAAACGACAAUCUCUCAAUGCACAUUCCAAAACCCAUACAAUAUCUUCUUCCUCACUCCACAUAGAAACUUCUAGCGGGAGGUGGACAAGGGGUCUUGGAAUGAAUGAAACUGUGGAACUUGGGGUGAAUUUGCAAUCCGAGAUGCAAAUAUGGUUCAUACGGUUUGUUGAGGAGUCCCUGGAUGCUGGUUUUCGAGUGUUCGGGAAGGGUAGUUCUGAUGGUGGCAUAGACUGCCGUCCGAUUGCUGCAGUGCUGUCGCAGCUGAAACGAGUCAACGAAUGGUUGGAUCGCGAGGUGUCAAAACAGGAUGACCUUCUGAGGGGGAAGAUUGAGCAGCUGAAGAGGAAGAUCUUUGGAUUUGUUAUUCAGCAUGUGGGGACGACAGUAAAUAACUCCACACCCAUCGCGUCGUCUUGAAUUUGUAUGUGUCCUUAAAACAUUGACUAGAUGUUUUAAAACAUUGUGUUUUGCAUCAUUCAUUCAGUAAACCAUGAUUGGGAAUUUGGUUGGAAACGCAAGUGUUUUGGCUUCUUUGUA